AUCUUGCCCACUUUUGUAACGGUAUUGCAUCCGUACGGGAGUGUCCAAGUAAGUCGGACACACGGGUAAACGAGAAUGAUAAGCGAGUUACUUUACCUUUUGCAAACGGAUAAUGUAGGUUUGAUAUAGACUGUUUUGAUUUGUUGUUGUUUGACUAUUAGUUUGGUGUCGUCAUUUGCUGCAUGGAUUGGUUAAAGUAAAUAAGUGAUAUAACGGAUAUCGGAAUUCCGAAGCACUGUGACAGGAACACACUGUAAACAUUUGGUCUGAGUGAUAUCUCUAUUGGUUGAGCGUCGCGAUGGCCGAGGCUGCAGCUGCUGCUAGCACUAAUCCCAAUGCGGAGAUUGUGCGGGGUCAGGUGUUCGAAGUUGGGCCUAGAUACAAGAGCUUGCAGUACAUUGGGGAAGGAGCCUAUGGCAUGGUUGUGUCCGCCUACGACACCAUGAAGCUAGCUAAAGUCGCCAUUAAGAAAAUAUCACCUUUCGAACACCAAACUUACUGUCAGAGGACGCUUAGGGAAAUCAAGAUUCUGACACGAUUUAAGCAUGAGAAUAUAAUUGAUAUUAGAGAUAUUUUAAGAGCCGAAACAAUCGAUCAAAUGAAGGACGUCUACAUCGUCCAGUGUUUGAUGGAGACGGAUCUUUAUAAGUUAUUAAAAACACAAAAAUUAAGUAACGAUCACAUCUGCUACUUCCUGUAUCAAAUCCUGCGAGGUUUGAAGUACAUACACUCGGCCAACGUGCUCCACCGCGACCUCAAGCCGUCUAACCUGCUCCUCAACACCACCUGUGACCUAAAGAUAUGUGACUUUGGUCUGGCUCGCGUGGCCGACCCUGAUCAUGACCACACAGGCUUCCUCACGGAGUACGUCGCAACACGCUGGUAUCGUGCACCAGAGAUCAUGCUGAACUCGAAGGGAUACACAAAGUCGAUAGACAUCUGGUCGGUGGGCUGUAUCCUGGCGGAAAUGCUGUCCAAUCGGCCGAUAUUCCCCGGGAAGCAUUACCUGGACCAACUGAACCACAUUCUGGGCGUGCUAGGUUCUCCAAGCCAGGAAGACCUAGACUGCAUUAUCAAUGAAAAGGCCCGUAGUUACCUGGAGUCUUUGCCAUAUAAGCCUCGUGUGCCGUGGACGGAGUUGUUCCCGGGGGCUGACCCUCGAGCCCUGGAUCUACUGCAUCGUAUGCUCACCUUCAACCCACACAAGCGUAUCACAGUCGAGGAGGCACUGGCACACCCCUACCUCGAGCAGUACUACGACCCUAAUGACGAGCCCGUCGCCGAGGAGCCGUUCAGGUUCACUAUGGAAUUGGACAACUUACCAAAGGAGACGUUAAAGCAAUAUAUAUUCGAAGAGACACUAUUGUUCAAACAGAUCAAUGAGGACGCGUAGAUCGUACCAAAGAAUAUGGACACGCAUUCAGCUCAAUACAGAAUUUUACCGUUUUAUUGGAAAUAUAUCUCGUUAGUAACAUUUUGUCUAUAGUUCUGUAAACUGAUAAUACAAUUUGGAUUGCUUAGGGGCUUAUCGGAAUUUUAUUGAAUACUAAACUUGCUUGUCGAUGUUUCUUGAUUGUAUCUGGUGUAAUGGCGACCGAGUUUGUAUUAUCGCCGUUGUGUACGGACUCGGUCAAAUAUGUAUUCAAUGUGAGUAUUGUAUGCGUUUAAUUAACAUUAAUAUGUGAUUAUUUUGUAUUUUAUUUAAUAGAUGAUGGCAAAAAAAAAAAAUUACAACGCAGAAGGUCUCAAAUGUUCAUCUUAUUAUAUUUGAGGCGCGCUAGUUACAACGACUUGUUAUAGAAUAACGUGUUUUUCCCCUUGGCUACUUAAUUAUUAAAGUGACGGUAGUUAUCGUUUUAAUUUACUCGAUGUAUUUUAAUAUAAUGUUCGACUGGACUAGAAUUUUCAAAACUUAGAUGUAUAUUUAAUAGUACAUUAAUUAUAGAUAGGAUUUUUCUGAAAUUUAUCAAUGUUACAUAACUAGUCGUACAUUUAUUGAUGGGAGCGAGUUAUACAGUAUUAAACAGUUCAGUGUACCCACGCGGGUAAACACAGACAAUCAUUAAAAACAACAUAAUAAAGAGUUCUGGAUUGACAUCGGUUUCAUACGUAGGGAGACUGGAUAUUUUUUACAUUACUAAGUGUAUAACGUAUUUUAAAAUGUCACUCGUCAUAUUUGAAGCACUUCUACUUCUUUGAAACUAACGUGUUCGUUUUAAAAUCUUAUUUUAUAUAUCGAUCGUUUAAAUUAUCGUCUUCCUCAUGUUGAAAGAUUUAGCGCACAAUAUUUAGAAUAGUUGAUACUUCAUAUCAGAUAUUUUGAAUAGUCGGUGGGUAGUUGGCGAAUUGUUGGAGUUUUUCAUGAUUCGAUAAGAGAUGGCGCUGUUUAAAGUUCGUCUUGUUAUAUAUGGUGUUCUGUGAGAAGGGUCUGAAGAGGGAAUUUCACUAUUCAUUAAAGUUGUCUGUUGAACGUAUUUAGAGGGCGUGUUGAAUUCUAAUCUUUUAUAUUUAAUUGAUUCUAGCGGAAUGUCGUUUUAUCAUUAUCGUCUAAUGUUUAAAAUGUUUCUCGAUCAACAUAAGACUGCGACAUCAUAUGUUAUACUUUGAUCGCAUUCCAGUUUUGUUAAAUUUGAAUAAUUAUAAAAUUAAAAACUUUAAUUAAAAAAAAAUAUUUAACAAGAUGUUCGUGUUAAGGAGCUAGUAAUACAAUUUUCUAUUAUGCAGGAAUGCGUUGCAGUCUUAUUGUUGUUUUAUUGCUUAUAUCAUCGGUGUAAUGACUAAGUCUCGUUCCCUUAAAUACAUAAUUUUAAAAGCUUUGUGAUGGAGCAUUAUGUUGAGUGUUCCAGAUAUUUGAACCCAUCCCGUAACCCGUUGUAUAGUUCUCAAAUUGUUUCAUUGACAUUAUAAAUAAAGUGUUCUAUAUUUUUAGAAUAUCUUCCAGUUUAUUGAUUAAAAAGACAGUUACUCGUUAUUAUGGCAUAAUAGUAGUAGAUUUAUCUCUUAAUUGUGAAUGUCAUCUCAUUCAUUGACGGCUCCCGUUUAAAGAGCCUUUAACUAUUAGCGAUUUUUUUUGUGGCGUUUGAAAGCUACGACGCCACAAAAAACGCGAACGCAAAAAAGGGACGUAAGUAUCUCUAUGACGUAUUUAAAUUGAAACCUGUAAGACUCGCGUUAGAGUUUAAAUUGUGUUGUUUCACUCACUAAAGUCAAAUACAACGGAUUAUAUGCGUUUGUAUGUACAAAAAUAUGAAGCGCUCUGCAUGUAUCGUUAUAUGUUCUCAUAUUCUGAUCGUUUCACGUCGUUAGAUUUUUUGUAUUUUUUUUUAAGAACAUUUAAGGAAUUUAACGAGGCCAAAUAUCAUUUAAAAUGGAGCACCUAUAUUUGUGUAUGACGAAGAAUGAUCCAUACCAAACGUAACGUUGUCUUUAUUAUAAUGGUUUUUGUUUUUAUGUGGGUAGACCGGAUUUAUUAAGAAUGUGAUAUUGUCCUACCCUCCUCGAUCCACCUGGCGAGUGUUUGUACACACAUGUAGGCAUAUAAUCCGAUGUACAGGUAUAACUCUAAGAGUUAAACAUCCAAGUGACACCAGAAUACCAUUACGUAUUUAUUGUUAAAAUAUGAGUGUUGCCAUAUUUUCUUAAGUCAUUAUGUACAAAUUGGAUAUUGUAAGAUCAUUUGUUAUCUGUCAACAGUUGAUUAUUAUGAGUAUAAAUUAAAACAAGACAUU